AAGAGAAGGGGAACAGAAAGGAGACGUAAAUCGGGAAAAUUCGGUUGAUUUCUGUUUCAGCAGGUUAGAGAGAGAGAGAGAGAGAGAGAGAGAAGAAAAAAGGUUGGAUCGAAUUGGGAAUGGCGUCGGUGAGGUUAGUAGCCCUAAAAGCUCUACAUGGAUGGUCAAUAAUGUCAUCAUCAUCGCUCUGCAACCACUCUCAUUCUCUUCUCCGCCACCGUACUCCUCACCAUGCCUUCUCCAUCCGACCUUUCUCCGCCAUCAUGUCGCCGCCCUCCACGGCUGUCCUCUACGACCACCACGGACCUCCCGACACCGUCACCAGAGUAGUUGAGGUUCCACCAGUUGAGCUCAAAGAAACCGAUGUGUGCGUUAAAAUGCUCGCUGCUCCUAUCAAUCCCUCUGAUAUUAACCGAAUCGAAGGCGUAUACCCGGUGAGGCCACAAGUGCCAUCAGUUGGAGGGUACGAGGGGGUUGGACAGGUACACUCUUUAGGAUCUGCCAUUAAGGGUAUCUCUCCUGGCGAUUGGGUCAUCCCAUCUCCGCCUUCUUCUGGGACAUGGCAGACAUAUGUCAUAAAAGAUCAGAGUGUCUGGCACAAAAUUGAUAAAGACACACCAAUAGAAUAUGCUGCCACAAUUACUGUUAAUCCUUUGACUGCACUACUAAUGCUUGAGGACUUUGCCAGUCUAAAAUCAGGAGAUGCUAUUGUGCAAAAUGGGGCCACAAGCAUUGUGGGGCAGUGCAUUAUUCAGCUUGCUAGAAAUCGAGGCAUCCGUAGCAUCAAUAUAAUAAGGGACAGGGCUGGAUCAGACAAAGUAAAAGAAAAACUCAAGAAACUUGGUGCAGAUGAAGUGUAUACUGAGAGCCAACUGGAAGUGAAGAAUGUCAAAGCUCUCUUGGCAAACAUACCUGAACCUGCUCUUGGAUUCAACUGUGUUGGGGGCAAUGCUGCUUCAUUGGUUCUUAAAUUCUUGAGGCAGGGAGGAACUAUGGUAACAUAUGGUGGAAUGUCCAAAAAACCUAUUACAGUAUCAACCUCAUCUUUUAUUUUCAAGGACCUUUCCUUGAGGGGAUUCUGGUUGCAGAAAUGGAUGACUUCUGAUAAAGCGAAGGAAUGCAGAAAAUUGAUAGAUUAUCUUUUGAGCCUAGUGCGUGAGGGAAAAUUAACAUACGAGACGGAGCUAGUUCCUUUCAGCGAUUUCCACACAGCAUUAGAUAAGGCACUUGGAAAACUAGGGAGUCAACCUAAACAAGUGAUCAAAUUUUAGUCCUGACACGGAACAGAAGAAAAUUGUAACCCCUUGCAAAAUCUCUGGUUACAUAUUGGAUUUUUAUUCGAACAUUUUCUGUUCAACUCUGGAUUGUACUCUGUAUUUCCCCUUUCACUGCACCGAGGGAAGACCCAUACUAGUUUUGUAGCCAAAAUGAGUCUUCCUGUUAUUACCUUUCAUUCUGGAAAUUUAUCUGAUGCGACCUUUGGAAUAUGUGAGGGCAUUGUGAGGGAGAAACAGUAUCAUGGACCAGGCAGGGUUGGAUUCAAGCUGGGCCCAUAUUACAUAAUGUGGGUGUUUGAGAAGUUGCUAUUUUAACAAACUAUUUUAAUUUUUAACUAUUUUAGGAGGCUAAAA